AGAGAUUUAAAUUUGAACAUUUUGAGUACUCGUAUAUAUUUUGUAUUUUGUUUAGUUAUGUGUUUAUUAUUUGCCUAAGUAGAUUCUGAUUGCAUUAUUUACUGUUAUUAAAAGUAUAAUUUAUUUCUAAUUGUUGUUAAUUAUUUUUUAGACUUAUCUUUAUCGUUGUGUACUCCCAGUGAAUGGCGUCCCUAUGUAUGUGAAAAACCUGGCUGUGGUCGGGGAUACAAAUAUAAAAGUGGACUCUUCAGACAUGUUAAAUAUGAAUGUGGUAAAGAACCACAAUUCGAAUGUAUAGUCUGUCAUAAAAGAUUUACACAGCAGCAAUCACUCAAAUCACAUAUGAUUUACAUUCAUGGUUUUCCUGUAUAUAAUAAAUCAAAGAAUGUUGAAAACAAUUCAACUUAAUAAUAAUUGAAGUUAAAAUUACUUAUCUAUAAGAAUAUUUUUUGUUAAGUUGUGAGCAUAUUGUAUGUUUUAAGAUUUAUAAAAUAUACAUGCAAAAAUGAUAUUUUUACUACUAGGUAGUAAAUACAUACAUACUUAAUGGUAGAUCAUUUUCCUAGUAAUUUAAUAUUUUAUUUUUCUAUUAAAUUGAUAUAAAACAAUGCAACACUUAUUAAUUUUACAUUUAAGGGUAAUGAUUUAUUUCAUCUUAUGUUAAUUUAUUAUUUAUUAACAUUAAAUUACUUACCGCAUAAAUGUGAAAUAGUUCCCAGAAUCGCAACCAAUUCCUAACCUAACCAGCAUCAAACUGGUUUUGCAAAAAUUUGAAGUUACUUAUCAUGUUACAGUAUUAAGCUAUUAUUUGUAAUUUCCAUGUUUACCCUUAUUUGCUGUUACAUAUAUAAUUAUUUUUUUUUAUUUUUUUCUAUAAUUCAUUAUAUUUUUAACUAAUAUCAUACUUUAUAUGUACUGUAAAAAUAUCAUGAAAAUAAUAAAUUUAUUAAUCAAAAGUGUUAAAUGUUUUUAUUAAAAUGUUACAUACUAUAAAUUUUUUUAACAUAUGUGACAUUUGUGGCAUGAGGGACAAUUUUCCCUUAAUCUUAUUCGAGGUGACUAAAUGAUACUAUUGCCCCUUCUAACACCAGAAACAGGGUCUGAGGUGGCAAAAGAAAAUUAUCCGUUUAGGAGUGUACCUAUAUCUAAAUGCAAUUUUGUUAUAUCAAUACCAGUUUUUUCAAUUUGCAUUCCUAUUUUUAAAAUAUUUAAUUACUGUAACCUCUAUCAUGUUUUCAAAGUGAUAACCUAUGUUACCUUAUACUAUCAACCUUCAUAAAAUUGUCCUUAUUCCUUACAAUUUGCAGUUAAUCAAUUUUUCUAGCAUGCUUCUAAUCUUAGUUUGGCUUUGAAUAUUUUUAUUUGCCUCUUUAUUUUGUUACUUGCUAUAACAUAAUAAUAUUAUACCUCUCACAGAUGAAUUUUUUUCAUUCAUUGACAUACAAAUCAAAACUUUUAUUUCAGUUUAUAAAUAUAUUCUAAUUUGUAUGUGUUUUCUAGGACCUCAGAUAAAGUUGAAACUAAAAGAAAAUUUUCCCAAGUUUAUGGAAUGUCCAAAUGGAUGUGGAUAUACUUAUACAAAGUUAACAUGAAUAAAAAUGGACGCAGUGUCUGCCCAAAUUUAUGUGGUCGAAGUUUUAAGCAUCCAGUGGAUAUGAAGUAUCACUGGCGCAAUGAAUGUGGUAUUAGAUUCAAUUGUCCACUUUGUGAUAAAACGUAUAAUCAAAAGACACACCUUAAACGGCAUUCAGCAUUAAUUCAUGGAAUUUAAAUUACAACAAUCACUAUAUGGAUUUAUUGAAAUUCAAGUGUCCCAACAAAAAUUGUGGUAAAAGCUACAAGUACAAACCUGACUUGAAUCGACACAUAAAAUCAUAUUGUGGCAAAGAACCAAAUUAUGUUUGUCACUAUUGUUAUAAACGAUUUAUGAGGAAAGAUGUAUGGAAAAAUCAUUUAGCAUUUGUUCAUAAAAGUUUUGUGAUUUAAGUUUUCUUUCCUUUUACAAAUAUUCUAAUAUAGUAUAGUCUUUGGUCUUUGGUCUAUACAAAUAUUGUAUUUGUAUACAUUUGGAUUUGAUGAUUUGAAGCUAAAAAAUGUGUUGAUUUACAUUUUAUUUUAUUGUUAUUUAUUAUUAAUUACCAUUAUUUUUUAAUAAUUGUUUUAUACAUAUAACACAUUUUGUUUGAAAAAAAUUAAUUUCUUAAGUUUCAAAAUAAUUAUUUUAUAUACAUUGUAAUCUAUCUAUAAAUAUACAAGUCAAAUAUCACUCAGUGAUUAUGAUAUUGCAUUUCUAAAUCUCAAAAUCUACUAAAUGUACAAACUUGAAAUUUGGAACAGUGGUUCCCCUAAUGAUCUAGAAUUCUAGAUGUACAAUGAGAAAGGAUUUUCAAUUUUUUUUUUUUUUUUCAUUGUUUUGCAUUCUGAAACAGGGAUCUUGAGAUUCACGAUAGAAAUUAAAACUUUUUUUUGUUUAUAA